CGCUGCCACGGCCGCGCCGGCGAGCUCCCCCCGCGAAGGCUGCGCUGGCGGGAGCGGGGCCUUGCGCCCGGCCUGUAGCACCCGGCCGUGCAGCCCGGCUCUCCGGCUCCUCCGUGGAUUAGGGAUUAACUAAAAGCCGAUGCAAAAGGGAGGAGGGGAGGAUCCCGCUUCCUCUCGGUCCCCCUCUCCGGGGGGGUCGGCACCGCAUUCCCCCGCAGAGCUGCGCGGUGCCGGGCGGGAGCGCCGCGCGCCUCCGACGGGACACGGGGACGGGGGUGCCCGGCUUUGCCCUCUUCGGCGGGGGUUUCAGCGCCCGCAGUGCGAGCAGGCUGCCCCAGGGGAGUCCAGCGCUGUGGGUUACUUGCCGGAGGAAGCCUCAGCCAGAGGAGGAGCAGGACCUCACGAAGCUACUGCCACAGGUGUUCCCAGGAUCCCUGUCUUAUGCCUGCAGCACUCCCAGGCACACUCAGAGGCGAUCGGACCAAGCACUGAUAGAAGAAUGGUCUGUGCCCAGGUGGCGACCAGCCCCACGAGGCGCUGGCAGAAGGUGCUGUAUGAGCGCCAGCCUUUCCCGGAUAACUAUGUGGACCAGCGGUUCCUGGAAGAGCUACGGAAGAACAUCCAUGCCCGCCAGUACCAGUACUGGGCCGUAGUCUUUGAGUCGGGAGCAGUGGCACAGCAGCUGUGCAGCGUCUGUGUCUUCGUUGUUACCUGGUGGUAUAUGGAUGCCGGGAUGCUGAGCCCACAGGGGCUUUUUGGGGCAGGCCUGGUCUCUUCCCUACUUGGCUACGUCUUGUUCAAUGUCAUUGAUGCUGGGGUCGGGCAGCAAGGGAGCAGGCGGACGUGGUGGGCCGACCUGAAGAGCACCCUGGUGUUCAUUGCCUUCACCUAUGGCUUUUCACCAGUGCUUAAGACACUGACAGAGUCGAUCAGCACGGACACCAUCUACGCCAUGUCGGCCUUCAUGCUCCUUGGCCACCUCAUCUUCUUCGACUACGGUGCUAACGCUGCCAUUGUAUCCAGCACGUUGUCACUCAACAUGGCCAUCUUUGCCUCUGUGUGCCUAGCAUCCCGCCUGCCUCGCUCCAUGCAUGCCUUCGUUAUGGUCACCUUUGCCAUGCAGAUCUUCGCUCUCUGGCCUAUGCUCCAGAAGAAGCUGAAAGCCCAGACACCCCGAUGCUAUGUGGUGGUCACCACACUCUUUGCACUGGCAGCACUGGCAGGACUGAUGACCAUUUCCAGUGUGGGUGCUGUUCUCUUUGCCUUGCUGCUGCUCUGUAUUUCCUGCCUCUGCCCCUACUGUCUCAUUCGGCUUCAGCUGUUCAAGGACAAUAUUCAUGGGCCAUGGGAUGAGGCUGAGAUCAAGGAAGAUCUCUCCAGGUUCCUCAUGUAGGCCUAGCUCAGAGGAAAAGGGGGAGGGAGAGAGGGAAGAAGGGACCCUCUGCUGUAAGCAACACAAAGGUUGCUUUCUGAGAGACUAGACACCUUGUCCAAUAAAGCUUCUUGCAUGGAAA